AAGGAAGCCAUUCUCCUCCUUUCUUCUUUAGUACUGGUCUCCGCCUCUUUUCGGCCCAUGUCGCUGACCCUAACAAAUCUCCUCUUCUAUCAGCAUCGCCUCAGUCGGCACUGCGCUACUGUCACAGUAGUUGAGCGCCACGAUGACCACCUCCGUCCUGCUUCAUUGGCUCCCGCCUGCGUCCGUCUUCGCCGCUCGACUCCCCGCCUAUUCCCCCUUUGCCGUGCCAUCGGCGACGAAGCCCACUCUGAGUCGAACCAUAGUUUUUCUUCCAUGUCACCGGAUAUCCAGAGGCCUAUUGGUGACAAGAGUUCUGUUGAUGGUUAUGUGGGUCUCUUUGUUCGGAUGCUUGGUCUAGAUAAUGAUCCACUUGACAGAGAGCAAGCAAUAAAUACUCUCUGGAAGUAUUCCCAAGGAGGGAAAAAGUGCAUAGAUGGGAUCAUGCAGUUUCCUGGGUGCAUUAAUCUUGUUGUCAGCCUCCUGAAGUCAGAAUCCUCAUCUGCAUGUGCAGCUGCAGCUGGCCUUCUGCACAUUGUUUCUGCAGUCAGUAUGUACAGAGAUGCAAUUGCUGAAAGUGGCGCUAUUGAAGAAAUCUCCCGUCUUCUUUGCCAACAUACUUUAACAUCUGAGGUAAAGAAGCAAAGCCUAUGCACUUUGUGGAACUUAUCUAUUGAUGAAAAACUUAGGGAGAGGAUUUCCAAAGGCUAUUUGUUACCUAUUAUUGUUAAGUUUCUGGAUGAUGAAGAAAUUAAGGUGAAGGAGGCAGCCGGUGGAGUUAUUGCAAAUUUGACUUUGAGUCACCAUCUCCACAGUCUACUAGUAGAAGCUGGUGUUAUUCCAAAACUGGUAGUUCUUUUGGGAAAUGAUGAUAAGGAGUAUAAAGUCAUACAUAAUGAAGCAGAAGUUGCACUGUUGGAACUUUCUGUAGAUGAGUAUUAUAGAAUUUUCAUAAUUGAGGAGGGUCUUGUCCGUGUCCCACUGAUUGGUGCUGCUGCAUAUAAAAGUUUCCGGUCACCUACUCAUUCAUGGCCAUCUUUACCUGAUGGCACCAAAAUAGAGAAGACCUCAACUCCUUCAAGGUUUGGUGCUUCAGAUUUAUUAGUUGGGUUAACUAUUUGUGAAAAGAGCAUAAAUUUAGAGGAAGCUACAGCCGAUGCCAUAGUGGGACGAUCUCGUCAGGAGUUUCUUGCAAGAAUUGGAGCUAUUGAGGUGGAUGGUCAGGAUCAAAAAUAUACUCUUUUGCCAUGGGUAGAUGGCAUUGCUCGUCUGGUUUUAAUUCUUAGGCUUGAAGAUGUCUCUGGUAUUACAAAGGCAGCCUAUGCAAUUGCUGAUGCAUCUAUAAGUGAGCAUAUGAGAAAAUCAUUUAAGGAAGCUGGAGCUGUUGGGCUUUUAGUUCAGCUUAUGCAACACAAUAGUGAGACUGUCAGAGAAGCUGUUGCUCAUGCUCUUGAUAGACUGUCUCUCAGUAAUAUUGUGCGCAAGAAAAUUGAGGAGGAAGGAGUCUUGAAGCCUCUUACAAGUAUACUGAAGGAACCAAGUACAUCAAAUUUUUUGUUAGAAAAGGCUGUGUGCAUCCUUUCUCGAAUUUUUGAAGCAGACAGUAGCAUCAACAUGGAGUUGUACGAAAAUAUCACUGAUGAUUCGGAUCAUACAAACAACAAUGAAGUUGUUAGUGAUGUGAGAAAAGUAACAGAUGCAUCAAGUCAUGAAGAAAUGAAGAGGGAAGUGUUAAAUGACUCUGUCUUCAUAUCCCGGCUUAUUGAGAUGUUAAGGACAUCUUCUCCAAGUUUGCAAGUAAAGCUUGCUUCUAUUCUCGAGUACUUGGUGAUUCUUGAAAAAAAUGUGGCAGUUGUCAUGGCAGGUGGAAUUGAGGUGGCACUUGAUGCUGUUUUCAGAAAGGGUUCCACAAAUGGCAUGGAAAAUGAUAUUGAUAAUGGGCUCGCGCAAUACUACAUUGAAACUGAAGAAAUAGGUCUUGCUACUGCUGCAGCUUCUAGAUUGCUAGCUAGAUUGCUAGAUUUCAAUCAGUGCUAUCAGAUAAUUGAUAGUGGGCAUUUCACAGUUCUACUGCGUGAUAUUUUGAAGUCCUCUAUCCCUCUUCAUACGAAAGACUGGAUUGCUGCAUGCUUAGUAAAACUGGAUUCUAAAGUCAGCAACACUUCAGAACUUGGGUAUCCUAUUGAGAAGGAAGUAGUUCUAUACGAGACGAUACCAAGACUUGUUAAUGAGAUGAGCUCAUCCUUUUCCCAUCAGGAUCAAGAAACUGCUGUUAAAGAAUUGAAUAAGAUAAUCUCUCAAGGAGUCAUAGACUACACCAAGGCAGUUGCUACUGCAGGAGGGAUAUUCCCACUGGUGAAACUGAUCGAAGAGGUCAGUGGUGAUGCACUUGAAGCUAGCCUUUCCCUUUUGUAUAACCUUAGCAUGGACAUUGAGAACCACUCAGCCAUAGUUGCUGCUGGAGCUGUACCAGUUUUGAAGAGGAUAGUUCUUUCAGAAGGGCCACAAUGGACUCAUGCUCUUCGUAUUUUGCGAACAUUGCCCACUUGAUUAUUAAUCCAACAAACAAGCUAUACCUUAAACAUGGAAUAAGAUAAACUACAUAAUAUCAAGGUGGCGUCCCAACCAACAUACACUAGUCUGAUGGUGAUGUUCCUUGCAGUGACCUACAAGCUUACCCAGAAUUCGAAACACUUCAUCUUCAAGGAGUUAAACAACUCAGGCUUCAAACAAUUUCAACUGAGGCUGAACUUAUCCUUUCUUCGUUGGAACGCCAUCAUAAGAUCUGCAUGAUCUACUAUAGCUAUCCACUCAAAAGUGUUCAUUUCGUAUCAACUCUCUAGUGAGUGAUGCAUAGAGCCAUUCUUCCGUUUGUACCUUCCUGUGCUUAAUAUAUAGAUAGUAGAUUGCACUAGCCAGCAUAUUCCCUUCUCAAAAAGAAUGUGGCAUCUUAUGUUUUCAUCAGUCACAUACAUAUUUGAGUAGUUAUACUCUGGAUAACCUUAAUCCCAUGUGUUAGAGUCGUAAAAUAUUCCAUGGUUA